AUGGAAGUCUCGGUCCUGGACCUGUUCCCGAACGGGGGUCUGAAGACGAACGCGUACCCAUUCAGCGACCUGAACGUGCACGUAGCGAAGGGCAAGGUGACGACCUCUGUCGUGGACCAGCUCAUGGACGCGGGGUGGACCAUCAUGGCGACCUGGAUCGAGGACGAGGCCAGGAGCACGGUCUUAGACGACUACAUAACCGACGUCUCGAUCAGGUUCGGGAUGGACGACGAGCGCAUCAUCUUGGUGGCGGACUUGCCCCUGGCCAUGGCUAUGGACGUCGUGGCGAACAUAGACGCGGACAUCCCCGGGGACAACCCCAUGAUCAUCACCGGCAUGAAGAACUCGAUCUCGAAGCUGAGGGCGGCCAGCAUCUCGGGCUACGGGCCGUACGCGACCAGGGGCGUGGGGUUGAAGAAGCCGGCGAACGUGCCCAAGCUGUCGAUCAUCGGCCUGGACAUCGAGGUGUCCACCAUCGUGCGCGGGGACGGGAUGCCACUCCCGCAUGACCCCCUGAUCAGCAUCUCGAUCAGCAACGGAGGCUGGUACGACAAGGAGUUCGUGGACAAGUGCUACCUCAUCUACACCUUCGGGUUCCACACCGAGACCGAGUGGGAGAACGGGAGGCACCCUACCAUCGUGAAGGUGGACACGGACGAGGACGCGGUCAGGACUGCGUACGAGAUCUUGGACAUGCUCAGCCCCGACUUCGUGUCCAUCCACAACGGCUUCAACUUCGACCUGAGGAGCAUCGGGUGUAAGGCCGCCACUGAGCCCACGAUCGAGCACACCAUCGAGGAGAGGAGGCUGGGCAACGUCGGAGUCGGCGUCUUCUGGUCGCUCACGAACGGCAGCAUGAUCAUAGACACGAUGUACACCGCGGACAAGGUCUCGAGGUCGGACUGGGACUCCUUCGCACUCGACAAGAUGUGCAGGAGGUUCGACUUGCCCCCGAAGUUGGAUAGCGGCACGAUGAGGAUCACCAUCUCGGACGAGGCCGACCUCACGAAGAUCCUCGUGUACAACGCCAGGGACUCGGAUAUGCACGCGUGGUUGGCCAAGAACGGCAAGAUGUGCGAGCGCAUCGCCCUGUUGGCGGGUACGUCCAGGAGCACGUUGUGGGACUCGGUCGCGAACAACACCGGGGUGAUGACCUUCUGCCUGAUGCAGUCCGUGGCCUUGUCCAACGGCGAGAUGCUGGACUUGGGCAGGAACACGAUGAACUUGGAGGACCAGAAGUUCGAGGGCGGCUACGUCGUGGCCCCGAGGCCGGGCUGCUACAAGGGCGUGAUCAUGAUCGACGGCAACUCCUUGUACGGGUCUCUGAUGUCGAAGUUGCAGAUCUUCAUCGACAGGUGCGCGUCUGCGAAGAACCCCACGGCCCUGCAGGCGAAGGUGGACCCGGCGUUGCCCGAGUCGGCCCACACGAUGGUGGUCGGGGACGUGGUCUGGAACGAGCACGUGAUCGUGAUGAGGACGAAGAGGUCGUACAUCGCCGUGGUCCAGGGCGGGCCCACGAUGCUGAGCGAGAUCAUAGAGAACCUCAUCUCCCUGAGGGCGAGCGCGAAGAAGAACAGGGACGACGUCACGGCGUGGGCCUUCAAGGUGCUCCUGGUCAGCAUCUACGGCGCGAUGGGGAGCAAGCACGGGAUCCUAGCCUCGGAGACGUGCGCAGAGGCGACCACGUGCGCGGCCAGGUACUUCCUCAGGAACAUGAUCGGAGUCACGGAGGGGGAGGGGAACAAAGUCAUCUACGGGGACACGGACUCGAUCUUCGCCUGGGUUAAGGGCGUGACUGAGAGCGACUGCAUGGACGAGGCCGAGAGGCUGAAGAAGGCCAUCGACACGAGCAUGGUCGGGACCCCAUUCGAGCAGAUCGGCGCGGACAUCAAGGGGAACUACAAGAUGAUCUUGAUCACGGCCAGGAAGAAGUACACGGUCGUGGACUGGAAGGACGAGAUGGAGACGAAGGGGAUGACACCCGUAAAGAAGGACACACUCCCGAUCGCGAGGUACGCCGCGAGCAAGGUGCUGAGCAUGGUCAUGUCCGACAACGACUACUCGAAGACGAGGACGACCGUCACCCUGUUCUUGGGCAAGCUCUUCACCGCACUCCAGAACGACGACCUGCCCGCGCACACGCAGGUGACCGAGACCAAGAUCAACUGCCAGCCCCACUACAAGUACAGGGCCACGAACGGGGAGAGGGUCAGCGUCCUGGUCGACACGGGGCUCAACUCCGUGGAGGUGCACAAGGGCUGGGUCAUGGAGAGGAUCACCGGCGCGGUCAAGACCAUCCUCGAGGCCGCGGAUAUGGGCACGGUCAGAGGGCUGAUGUUCUCCUACAACGCGAUCGUGAAGCAGAAGGCGGUCAAGAGCAGGAACAAGACCCCAGCCGCGGACAGCGUCUAG